GUGCGCUGCGUUAACAUGCACUGUCAUGACAGUCACUCAUGUCACUCUUUUCUAGACUUUUCCCCUCGAUAACAAAAGUAUAAAACUGUGUUUUGCAACCUAUUUCACGAUAAAUGUAAUGUUACUACGAUGAUUGGACACUUUGUUUUUCAUUGUUUCUGUGUUCGUUCUUGCCUGUGACUGAAUUUACAAUUUAAUUUAGACGGCCUAAGCCUAUAAUUCAAUCUGAAGACUCUGUACUACUAGUACUAGACUUUACUUGCCUAACGUUAUAUCCAUGAUAUGCCAACGCCUGUAUCGGGAAGAAUUCCUAGUCCUACUACCAUAGAGCAUUACCAAGACUAACGUGAGGCCCACAUGUAAUCCAACUCCUACCACCUACUUACAAGGUGUGCAAACAACAAGACAGGAAUUUCACUGUAAAUAUUCGUUCAAGGAGUUAUGUAUAGUUUUGAAGGCGAGUUCAAAAGACGUCCAGUGGUAUCACUGAGAGGAGCCAGUAAAAAGGAAAAAACCUCAUCUCUUCUGCAACGUACUCAAGAUGAAAGGCGAAAGAGAGAGGAAGAAAGAAGGAGACAGCGCAGUGCUACAACAAUCCAGUCCUUUGUGCGAGGAUCUCUGGCUAGACACAGACUCAAAGCUAAGCUCCGAAAAGAAUGGGAUGCUAAGAUGGGACAGAUUCAGCAAGGGGGAAAGGAUGGUUCAUCAUCAUUGCUCUUGAACAGAGAUACCCUGCUGUCAUUGCAGAGUCGUCUGGUCUUAUUCUUCCAAGAAGAUUUCGAUUCAAAGAGAUUGAUCCAUUUAUGUCAGAUGUUCCUGAAGCAUCAGCAUCUGUGUAUAGAGCUGCUUGUCCACUCUCGUGCCGUCUGGCUCCAUCAGAUCAGGAAAAUGCUGCUGUUGUGUUGCAGAAUGUUACCUGGUAAUUCCACUGUACCGAUUGCUCUACCACUGAGAAUGUUGGAAGUGUUUACAGAAGGAACAUUAUAUCAUCAAUCAGGGAGCCUGUCAGAUAUGGAUGUUGACCUAGCAGUCAGUGACACACUGAUCUAUCUUGUACAAAAUGGUUACUACAGAUAUAUAAGAGCAUUGAUUGAUGACCGAUUACCACCUGGAAUUGCUUACCCUAACCAUCCACCAUUGGCAGAAACAACACUGCAGAUGGUUUAUAGACCACCUAGAAUGGUCCGAAGGCUACAGAAUCAGGAGGCUAACAGCAAGGUAGUUCUGCAUUCUCUCUGCAAGGAACUUUUUUGUCCCAAGUUCAGUGAACCAAUUGGCUCCCUCCUGCUCCCAGCUGUGACUGAUGCGACACACACCUUCCCUGUCUCCAAACUACUCCAAGCCAUAGUGUCUACCAGUCGAACUGAAGGAAUGACUGUCUGUCAUCUGGAAGCCGAGGAAUCACCAUGGUUACUAUAUUCCAUGAUGAUAAUAGUUCCACCUUCACUACCAUCUCUUGAUAAUGAGGACACCCUGAGAUAUCUCCAUCUGGUCAAGUUCUUACUUCCUACCCUGCCAUGUACAAGUAACAAUGAUGAUGACGACCCAGACACUGAAGAAGAGAUGGAGAUGGCGGACCCUUAUUUUGGAGGAGCAUCCUCUCUAGCAGAGAUCCGAGAUGAAUGUCUUCAGAUCUUGAACUUGCCCCAGAAUGCGCGAAGUCUUCUUGCCGUUGUCUCCAAGAGUGAUAUAUCCGUCCUUACUGCUUUGUGUAGCAUCUGUCACACACUCAUGGUCAACCAUAAGAUGCAUGUUCCGCGAACAGCCUUAUUGUAUUUGCUGGCUUUUAACGAGCAAUUCCUCAGACAUCUAUGGGAGGCAGUCAAGUCAGUGUCAGCACCAGCAGUUACUGGGUCCUGCACACCUCUGAUCCAAAUGUUAUCCAGUGGCUACCCUCUCUCACCAGCUGAUAGUGCCAGGAUUAUCCCUCUACUCUCUGUCUUCUGUUCUCUCUUUGGUCACUUGCUUCUGUCCCUCCACGAUGCUGAAUUCCACGGUGAUAAGCGAGCUGACUCUCACCGUAGCCUGAUGCCAUUCCAGUUGGAUGAGCUUGUUCAUAUGAGCUUGGUCCUACGUAAUGCCUGUCUGGGCAUGAUAGAGUGUGCUCAUCCAGAGACUAGACCCUCUGUUACCAAGGACUACAGACGUGCUAUGGCCAGUGUGGGUGUCAUAUCACACACUGACUCAGGGGAUGAAGCAGCUAUGUGGAUGCAUGUUUUCAAGGUGACAGCUCAACUGGUGAAGCAGCUUCAUGAUAGAGAUAUGAGGAGGUCAUUUUGUCCAUUUGGCCACUGGCUGGCAUCCCAUGUCAAUAUCUUCACUGACAAUAGGGUAAAAGGGUCAGGAGGUCGUUAUGUCCAUCCAGGGCUGAGACCUCGGCAGCUCCAUAUCAUGCAACCCAGUAUGGUAACAGAGGAAGGACCACCACCCAUGUCUACACAUGAGAUUCGCAAGAUGACUAUCCUGGCUGAAUUGCCAUUUGUUAUUCCAUUUGAAGACAGAGUAAAGAUAUUCCGGGACUGGAUUCAUCGGGACAAAGAGGAGCAUCAAGGGGAGUUUGCAAUAUUCACCCCUGGACGUACAAUAGAUAUCAACAUCCGACGGGAUUUCAUUUAUGAGGAUGCUUAUGAUAGGUUACGGCCAGAAAAUGAGCCAGAUUUGAAAAAGAAGCUGCGUGUUGUCAUGAGGAAUGUCUCUGGUCUUGAGGAAGCAGGAAUUGAUGGGGGAGGGCUGACACGGGAAUUCCUCUCAGAACUUCUCAAGACUGGGUUUGAUCCAAACAGGGGAUUUUUCAAGACAACUGCAGAUGAGCUGCUGUACCCCAACCCCCAAGCAUCACAGCUAGAACCUGACUACCAGAAACACUACUACUUCCUGGGCAGAAUGCUGGGCAAGGUGUUAUAUGAGAAUCUCUUGGUAGAACUUCCCUUUGCUAGUUUUUUUCUGACCAAACUCAUGAGUAAGCACGCUGAUGUGGACAUUGAUCAGUUAGCAUCCCUGGACCCUGAAGUCUACAAGAAUUUGUUAUCUCUGAAGGACUACACCGGUGAUGUCACUGAUCUCAACCUUGAUUUCACCGUUGUUGAUAAUGAGCUAGGAGCAACACGUGUUCAUGCACUCAAGGCAGGAGGCCAGGAUAUUCCAGUCACUGCUGCCAAUCGCAUCGAGUACAUCCAUCUCAUGGCUGACUACAGACUCAACAAACAGAUGCGUCCACACAUCUUAGCCUUCCGUCAGGGACUGGCUAAUGUCAUUGAUGCUGAAUGGCUGCAGAUGUUUGACCAUCAAGAGCUGCAAGUCUUAAUAUCAGGAGCCCUAGUUCCAAUUGAUGUAGACGACCUGAAGCGGAACACCAAAUAUUCAGGUGGCUACACUGAGGAUCAUCCCUUGAUAGAGAACUUCUGGAAGGUAGUUAGUGUCAUGGAUAACAACCAGAAGAGGGCUUUGCUCAAGUUUGUUACAAGCUGUUCUAGGCCACCACUACUAGGCUUUAAGGAAUUGUAUCCUCCAUUCUGCAUCCAGUAUGGUGGUAGUGAUGAGGAACGGCUUCCAACAGCAAGUACAUGUAUGAACCUCCUCAAGUUACCAGAGUUCAGAAAUGAAGAGGUGCUGCAAACAAAACUGUUAUACGCUAUACAUUCAGGUGCUGGAUUUGAACUGAGCUAGGAGCAAGACCGAUUAUAUUGCAGCCUAUCAGAGCACUGCCUGAUCUAGCACAAUAUAAUACCACUACAACUUACCAGGUCAUUGCAGGUUGCUUCCAUGCACAGGUUGGUACCCCUAUUUGCACGAAGAGAGAUUUGGUCAAUUUGGUUUACCCAUGUACAUUGUGAUCUCCAAGUGACUGGAACUAAAUCUUGCUUUCCCCAAAGAAUGCUGUCCAGAAAGUCAGAGAACCCUUUAUGGUAAAAGAAAGUCAACCUCACUGUCAGGUUGCUUAAAAAUGCUGUGCAUCAUUCAUUUAAAGAGUGAUUGAUAAGUGGUCAGAGCCUGCCAGAUGUGUCUGAGGGGUUAUGGCUGUAGCAUUUUUGUAGCAAUUUUGUGAAUUAGACAUCUCAUUGAUCAGAUCUGACAUCAGAUUAUGCAAAACAUGUGUGAACCCUAACCCCUAGUGUGUGUGUGAGAGAAAUCAUGUUAAAAUUGAAGGGCUGAGGUUGAUUAAGGUUCCUGAGAUUUGUUGUCACUUGUUGGGUUGAUGAACUGAUUGUUUGACUGAUCUAUUGAUAAAUUGAUUGAUUGAUUAAUUGAUUGAUUGUCUAAGUAAUUACUCAUACUUCUUUUCAUGCACUACAUUGAACAAGUUCACAUUUCGAACUUAGAUGAAGAAUACUACGGAAAAUGCUGUUUCUGCUGUAGUAUUAACAAGUAACAUUUUUUAUCAUGAAGCAAUAUGUUCAGUUUUAUAACAUGCUAUAAAACCUUUCUUAAAGAUCGAUCAUUUUGAUGUACAUGUAUAAAUGUAUAGGUAAUAAGAAAACUAUUUGAAUAACUUCUAAAGUUUUGGCCUAAUGAUUUGCAUAUUGGCUAGUGAGAGUCCAUUAAGAACACUGCAUUGGAUGUUUGUCAAUUUCUUAAGCGUUUCAUACUGCACAAAAGUUAAAGGAGCCAUAUAUUCGUAAUCUGGGGCUGCAUGGAGGUCAGAAAGCAGCGGUUGACACCGUCUUUGUGAAUUUAUGCUUGCGAGUUUUCUGACUGUCACUGCAAGUGCAAAGACAGUCUGCAUUAACAAGCCAUGUCAUUGCCUGCUCUCUCUGAGGCAUUAUGACAAAGAUUCCAGAGAUGGUCACUCUAUGUUGCAAGAAUAGACUUUUUCACUAAUAAACUCAUAGUUAUGCACGCAUGCGCACAAAUGGCCGUGGCGGCACGGGCCAUUGAAAAUGUACAAGGGUGGGAUAAUUUUCUCUCAGGUCUCUCUUUCAGGUUUUCUCUCCACUUAGUUUAGAAACUAAUACCAAAAACGAUUUAAUUGGAUUUUUUGAAGAAAAAAAUGAACAAAGCCAGAAACCUUAGAGAAAUCGCACCCCUGUACAUUUUCAAUG